CGAACAUUUAAAUGAAUCACAUCCCUUUAGAGUGAUUUUUUACUAUAUUAUUAUAUAAUACGAUUAAAGGAUACUAUUUCCGUUGCUAUGGAUAUUUUUAAAAAACCAGAAUUUACAGAAGAAGGGCUUAUUUUUUAUUUUCAUCCAUACAAUUUUUACUCUCAAAAGGUGUUAUUUGUUUUAAAUGAAAAAAAUAUUCCUUUUAUUCCAUACAUUGUUGACUUAUCCCGAGGAGAACAAUAUUCGGACUGGUUUCUAGAUUUAAGCCCGACAGGAGAUGUACCAGUAUUGCAAGAUGGAUGUUUUGUUAUACCAAAUUCAUCAAAUAUAAUUAACUAUAUACAAGUUAAAUAUCAAACAGACAAAAACUGUAUGCUGUUUCAAAAAUCCCCUACUGUCCAGAGCGAAAAACUGAAAGUUGUUAAAAAUUUAUUAAAAAAUUUACCUAUUGGUGCUUUAGCACUGGGAUCUUUCAUACAUGAAGAUUUGCAACUGAAUCCCAAGCCACCUUUCAUUGGACCAGCUAGGAAAACCUGUUUAAACAAUAAUGAAAGAGUUACAUCUAUUUUAAAGUCUUCUAUCGACAACGAAAACAUUUCAUCGACUGUAUUAUCAAAAAAGCUAGAACAACAAAAUCAACGCCGUAAAAUAUCAGAAAACCGCGAAGAAUUUCAAAAACUAUUGGACUGUGUAAGCCACACUCUGCAAAUCAUUGACAAUGAGUUAGGAAAAGACAUAGAAAAUCAGUUUUUAUGUGGUUCUUAUUUAACAAUAGAUGAUAUAAAUCUGGGAUUAUUUCUUUAUCGUUUAUAUACUUUAGGUUAUGAAAACUAUUUUUGGGGUAAUGGAAAAUUACCUUAUAUCGAAAAAUAUUUAAAAUCUUUUAGAAAUAGUAAGUCAUUUGAAAAAUCUGUCCCAACUAAUAUUGAUAUACUGAAAGAAGUUUGGUCAAAAACCCCAGCCAAUUAUAAAAUUGGAGCUGGAGUUCUGGGAGUUGCCAUGUUUGCUGCUGGUGCUCUUAUUCAUAAAUAAGC